AUGACGCGCGACAGCACUCCCCAGGAGGCGGCGAGUGCCGCUGAGGCCUCAGACCGCGCCGGCGCGAACGCGACCGGACUCGCCGUGGAAGCUCCUGCGGCAGACGCGUCAUCCCCCCCGGCCCCCUCCUCUUUUUCUUUGACUGCGCCGUCUUCCUCCUCCGAGUCCUCCGCCUCCGCGGCAUCUUCCGCAUGCGGCGAGAAGCGCACGGAGGCUGAGUUCGGUUUGGGCGUGGGUGGCGAGGCGCCGACCGAAGGAGGGGAGGGGUCGCAGGCGGGCGCGCCUAUGUGGUUUCUGAUCCUUACCGAGGACGCGAUCGCGGUGCUUCAGCGCCAGCAGGAGGCGCAGAACGCGGCGGGUGCCACGCCGCCGCAGGCAGCGGAGCCCGCGGGGGGUGAGGAGAAGGGUCAGAGCGUCGUCGGACCGGUGAGCGCGGAGACCGUGCGCAUCUACUUCCAGCACUGUCUGGUUGACGGCUACACGCAGUGCUGGCGGCAGGGCAUGGGCUCUUGGCUCCCCCUCGGCUCUGUCCACGAACUGAAGCAAAUCCUGCAGGGCGCAGAAGAGGAGGAGAAAGGGGAGGCAGCCGCGUGCGCAGCCGCCGGCGCUGCAGCUCAGAGCUCAGGCCGCGCCGGGUGUGGCAAGCGAAGCCGGAUCGACGGCAUUCCGGCGGAGUUCAAAUACGUGACGCCUGAAGGCGUGCAGAUGGUUUUCGAUCGGACAGACAAAGUGUGGCGCACCGCUGAGGAAUACGAGGCGCUCUAUGCCCUCUUGGAAGAAGCGGAGGCUGUCUCCCCAGGCGCGGCUGCCGCCGCGGGGCCCGGCCGGUUCAGCGAGGUCGGCGUCCAGCAGGAGGAUAUGGUUUUCCCUGGUCUCCGCGAGGGCGCGGAGGAGGCGCUCGCGGGCACGCUCCCCGAGGAGGCCGAGAAGGCGCCAGAGCUGACGGAGGCGGAGCGGCAGAAGAAGGAGCUGAAUGCCGAGAAGCGCCGGCUGUACCGACAGCGGCUGAAGAAGAAGAAGCAAGAGGGCCUCUGGGUCGCAGGCCGGAAGAACCCAAACAUCUACAUCGCCAAUCUGCCCCCAGACUGCACCGAAGACGAGCUCGCGGACGUCUUCAAGAAGGCCGGCGUCUUCAAAAUCGACCCAGAAACCCUGCGGCCGAAGAUCCGCGUCUACACAGACGAGACCGGUCGCUGCAAAGGCGACGCCCUGAUCUCGUUUGUCCACGAGAACUCCGUGGAGAUCGCCAUCAAGUAUUUCGAUGGAGCGCCGUUCCGCGACGGCGCGUGCACGCUCAAGGUUCAGCUAGCAGAGUUCGCGCCGAAGCAAGGCCAGCCGAGCGCUAGCCCUGCGGCCCCAGGAGGCGAAGCCGAGGCGCCGCGGGCCGCGCGGGGCGGAAAGCGUGACAGGAAGAAAUACCUCGCUGCGAAAUACGAGCAGGAGCGGCUGUUGAGCUGGGGCGACGCGAUCGAUGACGGUACGGGCCGUCGCAUCGUCAUCAUGAAACCGACGUACUCGAGUGAAGAGGCUGAAAUGUACGAGGAAGGCGACGCGUUUUACGACGAGCUGCGACAAGAACUUUUCGACGAAAUCGCGCAGUUCGCGAAGCCAGAGAAAGUGACUGUCAUCCCAAGGCACGUCCAGGGCGUCGCGUGUGUGAAGCUGAAGACCGCAGAAGAUGCAGAGCGCAUCAUCGAGCAAUUCAGAGGGCGCUUCUUCGAUGGACGGCAGCUCGAGGUCUUCUUCUUUGACGGCCGCACAGAUUUGAAGGCGAACUGCCUACCCUCGCGCCUCGCGAAAAAGGCCCGCGUCGCGACCCCCGACGCGUCGCAGAGUCCAACUCCCCCGCAGCCCGCGGAGGCCGCUGGCCAGAGUGAGGAGAUGGCAGUGGAGAAGGAGGAAGACCAAGCAGAGGGGAAGAACGAAGACGACGAGGCGGAGCGUCUGGAAAAGUUUGGGGACUGGAUCGACCAGCAAAGCAGCGACGAGGAAUUCGAGGUGCAGACAGAGGGGUAA